GAGCCAUCCCCCUGUAAUUUCCACCGGUUCAGUUGGACCCCCUUGAGCAUUGAAGCCCCCAACAUUUGUCAAAUAUACUUCCCUUGGGUUUCUUUCACCACUGCUUCACACACGGGCCAUUCAGGUCUCUCUCUCUCUCUCUCUCUCUCUCUCUCUCUCUCAUCAUUCUGUGAUGUCAAUGUAUCUCUGCAGCCUUUAUGCAGUUCUUUUUCUUGGUCACACAUGAAUGAAUGAAUCUCUCUCCCCUUGCACUUUCUGUUGUUUUUUUUUGGCUGUUUUCCUUUUUGAUUUCAUCCCUUUCUCCCAUUUUCAUGUACCCUUGUAGUGACCACCACUCAUUAUUGCAAUAAGAUCAACCAAGUUUGUUACUCCCCCUUGUCUUCUCUUCCUUAUAUUUUUCCCCCCUCACACCCAUCUCUCUCUCUCGACUCGACCGGUUAAGUGUGUGCGGGCCAGCUCCAUCCCUCUCCAAAUUUCCAAAACUAUUCUUCUCACACCCAUCUCCCAUACUCUCCUCUCUCUCUCUCUCUCUCUCUCUCUCUCUCUCUCUCUCACAAGCUGCAAGAAACAACUUCCAAAAGAUAAACCAGGGGACCAAGAAAUGGGCUUUUCCAGACUACUCAUGAUGCUAUCAUUCAAAACCCUCAUCCUAUCCUAUUUCCUAGGUGCUAAUUCCAUCAUGGUAUUUGCAGACAAAAACACCACCACAAAAUUACACCUCACCAGCACCACCGCAAAUCCUCCCUCUCCUCCACCGCCGCCACCACCACCGCCUCAAGACAGAUCCAACAUGGCCCCAUUCAAACCCAGCAUAGCCAUCGUCGUUGGCGUCCUAACAACGUUAUUUUCCAUAACUUUCCUCUUGCUCCUCUACGCCAAGCACUGCAAGAGGGAAAAUGGGCACGGACACGGAUAUGGAUACAAUUCUAGAGGGCGGGGAGUCCCGCCUUUCACGGACAGGAAGAACUCCGGGGUGGACCGGACGGUGAUCGAGUCGCUGCCGAUCUUCCGAUUCGGUUCGCUGCGGGGAGCGAAGGACGGGCUGGAGUGCGCAGUCUGCUUGAACCGGUUCGAGCCGACAGAGGUCCUGAAAUUGCUGCCCAAAUGCAAGCACGCUUUCCACGUGGAGUGCGUCGAUACGUGGCUCGACGCCCACUCCACGUGCCCCCUCUGUCGCUACCGGGUCGACCCGGAAGAUAUUUUGCUCUUAAACGACGCCGUCAGGAUAAUAGGCCAAAACGAUCCUCUACCUCCGCUUCCACCGCCGUUGCCGACAACGACAGCGGAGGCGGAGAGCUUAAGGCGAGUGUCUGGGAGGCACUCGUCGGCUGGGGAGAAAGGGAGUAGUAACGGUGGAAUUUUACAAAUUGUGGUGGAAAAAGCAGGGGAGAAGAACAAUGGUGUUGAGAAUGUGACGACGAGAAGAUCGUUGGACGGUUGGAAUUUGAAGGGCCAAACUACUCCUAAGAAGAAGACGAAGGAAGCACUUGGCAUUGGAUGUUUCGAUCGAAGGAAAGACGGGAUGCUGUUGACGUUGGAUGAGGAAAGGAGGAGCUCCGACCGGCGGCGGUUGGAGCACAGGAUUAUCGUAGGCGGCGGAGGAGGAGAAGGUGGUGGUGGAGGUGGAGGUGGAGGAGGAGGUGGAUUGGGGUUUCAGCAAAGGUGGAGCGACGUACAGCCGUCGGAUCUGUUGUAUCUACGGUCGGAGAUGAUAAUGAGCGACAGCCGUGGAUCACGGGCCUCGGGAUCUCGGCCGUCGGUGCAACAGGACAUUAAUCAGGGUGGCAGCAGCGUAAUAAAUGGGAGGAGCGUAUCGGAAAUCACGGGGUUGAGUAGGUUGAGUAAUAACUACGGCGGCCACCGGGGGAGGCGGAGGUGGGAAGAGAGAGAAAGGGGAGGAGGAGGAGGAGGAGGAGAGAGAGAGGCGGGGGUGGUGUCGAGGUGGUUGGCUUGGGUUUCACAAUCUUCUCACUCCUCUUCCUCUCACCCGUCGGCAUCGCAAACACAACAACAGACAUUGGCAGCUGCAGGGUCAUGACCCCACCAAUCAUCAAUGCCACUUGUUUUUAGAGGCAGAAUCGAUGUCGAAAACUCUUGUGCCAAUUCUCUGCGCCUCUGCUCCAAGAGGAUUUUCGGCCGUUAAAUUAAAAAUAUAAAAAAAAAAACCACACCAUUUCAUGGUCGAAAAAUCAUUUUGACACAGAGGCAUAAGAAUUUUCUGAAUAGACGACAUGAAAACCCCUUGUUUAGCUUUAGUUGUAGAAGUAUACACGUGUAAUAUAUAUCUACCCAUUCUUUAUUGGCAUUAAUACCAGUAUGAUUUCGCAGUGUACUAGAUAAGCUUUUUUGUACCACUCUCUAUCUAUUCCAAUCUGAUAAAAGGGGUUCCAAUCUCUUUUCUCCCGAAA